AAUACUCGGGACAGGCCUUGCUGGGUGUCCCUACGUGGUGCAUUUCUACUACCUCAUAGCCUUUUUGUCCGAUUACAUUUCUACAUGGCUAUUCCUGCUUCUUAUAACCUAAGCAUAAAAAUGGACUGUGUUCCCUGCGUCUUUGGGUCUUCAUUCUGAAGGCUCCUGUGUCACAUCAAUUUGUUUUGCUUUUCUCUAGUUAUCCUGUCUUUGUUAUAGUGGUAUCAGCCAUCACCCUUGUAAUGAGGAGAAAAAGGAUCACCCCCUUUCUACUACUAUAAGACAAAAAUGAUUUUUUGUUUUCCCUAUCGAAUAAAUUCCUUGGAAUUACUCCUUCCUUUAAAAUUUCCUGCAAGGUUUUUUUCCUGCUUAUUUCCAAUAAAAACCCUUUCAUGUUUCACCUCUCACUAUUAAGAGCUUGAACUACCUUUAAACAGAAUCUUUGGCUUACUCUAGCUUUAUAAAGAGGCUGACCCCCUUUCUCUCGCUCUUCUCCAUUGUGGUGAGUGUGAGUAGUCUCGUUUGUCGCCAUGUCCUCUCAUAAGACUUUCAGAAUCAAGCGGUUUUUGGCCAAGAAACAAAAACAAAAUCGUCCCAUUCCCCAGUGGAUUCUAAUGAAAACCGGUAAUAAAAUCAGGUACAACUCGGAGAGGAGACACUGGAGAAGAACCAAGCUGCGUCUAUAAGAAAUUGCACAUGAGACGGCAUGUACUUAUGCUGUAUUACGGUCACUGUCAUCAUCUUACCAUAUCAAGCUGAAAAUGUCAUCAGUUGAACAUUUGCCACACUUCAUUGGGAAAAUGAGUUUUCUCUUCAUUUAUGUGCUAUUCCUAAUAAGCUGGUGCAGCAAUAAAUAUGUGAGACCUUGUGUUGGAAGUACUGAGUUGCCCCUCCCCCAGAAGACCUAACACAACACUGUCCUGUACAACUUUCUGCAAUGAUAGAAAUGCCCUGGCUACCAAGUUCUUGACAUGCUUAAUAUAGUUUCACUUUUUCAGUUUAUUAUAAUUAAAUUUAAAGUGUUUUUUUUGUUUUGUUUUGUUUUUUGAGACAGAGUCUCUGUUGCCCAUUGACCCAGGCUAGAGUGAUGUGGUGUCAGCCUAGCUCACAACAACCUCAAAUUCCUGGGCUCACCCCAGUAGCUGGGACUAUAGUCUCCUGCCAUGACAUCUGGCCAGUUUUUUUUCUAUUUUUAGUAGAGAUGAGGUCACUUGCUCAGGCUGGUCUUAAAAGCUCAGGCAAUCCUCCCACCUCUGGCCUCCCAGAGUGCUAGGAUUACAGGUGUGAGCCACAUUCUUCCUUAAACAUCUGCAUAAAGCUAUUCUAUACCAGUUCUUUUUAUUUAUGUUUUUGAGACAGUCUCAAGCUGUUGCCUUAGGUAGAGUGCUUCUGGCAUCAUGGCUCACAGCCACCUCAAACUCUUGAGCUUCAGCGAUUCUCUUGCCUCAGCCUCCCAAGUAGCUGGGACUACAGGCACCUGCCACAAGGCCCGGCUAUUUUUUGGUUGUAGUUGUCAUUGGCAGCCCUGGGCUGGAUUCGAACCCACCAGCUCUGGUGUAUAUGGCUGGUGCCGUAGCCACUGAGCUGUAGGCGCCAAGCAUACACCAAUUUUUUUUUAAUAAAUCACAGCUGUGUACAUUGAUACAAUUAUGGGAUACAAUGUACUGCUUUUGUAUAUAAUUUGACAUAUUUUCAUCACAUUGGUAACAUAGCCUUCAUGGCAUUUUCUUAGUUAUUGUGUUAAGACAUUUAUAUUCUACACCUAGUAAACUUCACAUGUACCCUUGUGGGAUGCACCCUAG